AUGGUAAGAGGUAAACAUCAAUGGACUGAUUCUCAGAGAAAUUUAGCUGUCGAUCUAGUCAAUCAGGGUAAAACCUAUCGUCAGGUGCAGCAAGAGACUGGAGUUCCUCAUAAUACAGUAUCCGACAUAAUGAAGAAGUAUAACUUGAUCGAAACAACAGCCGCAAAAGAAGGACAGGGUCGCAAAAAAAAGACUUCCAAGAGUUUUGAUAGAAACUUAAUUAUACAAGUCAAGAAAAAUCGCUUCAUUUCUAUUCGAAAACUGGCUGAGCAAGCUGAAGAGAAAUAUGGAAUCAAAUUAUCCCAUCAGACAAUCAGAAAUUCAAAAAAAAAAGAAGUUCAAAAACAUGCCGUUAAGUUUCUGGAAAAAGAUCCUGUGGAGCGACGAAUCAACUUAAAGCCAUCUGAUGGAGCCCAAAAAGUUUGGAGAAAAGCCGGAGAAGCCUACAAAUUAAGCUGCGUGAGAGGAACUGUCAAGUAUGGUCGCGGUAACGUGAUGGUAUGGGGUUUAAUGGCUUGGAAGGGUGUUGGGAAACUUCAAUUUAUUGAUACUAUAGUGGAUCAGGUGUAA